AUGUCCACGUAUCUCAUCACAGGCACCUCGCGCGGGCUUGGCCUCGCCAUGGUCCGCCACCUCGCCAGCCUCCCGCCCUCCACCGUCGGCACCAUCUUCGCCACGUCGCGCGCACCAUCCCUGGACCUGCAGGAAACUAUCCCCCAUCAACAUGCCGACCGCAUCGAAUGGGUCCGCUGCGACACCACUGAUCCCCAGAGCGUGCAGGAUGCCGCAGCACAGGUCCAGCGUCGCUUGCAGGGCCGCGGACUAGAUGUGCUGGUGAACAAUGCAGGAGUGAUGCCGCAUACGCGGGGCGGCGUGGGAAACAUGGAGGAACUAACCGAGACGUUCCACACGAACGUCACCGGCGCGCAUCUCGUCACGAGCGCGUUUCUCCCGCUACUGCGCGAGGGCCGGCGGAAGGUCGUUGUCAACAUCUCCACGACUCUCGGCUCUUGUACCCUGAGCCCGACGUUCCAGGGAAUGCCCACACCAGCAUACAAGAUCACCAAGGCGGCGCUCAACAUGCUCACGCUGCAAUACGCGCAGGAUUACGCGCGUGAGGGGUUUACCUUUUUCGCCGUGAGCCCCGGGUGGCUGCAGACAGACAUGGGCGGGGCGAGAGCCGAUCUCGCGCCGGAGACGGGCGCAAAGGCCGUCCUGGAUAUAGUGCAGGAUGCAACGCCAGCGCUCAAUGGGAGGUUUCUGAAUAUCCGGGUGUCUGGGUGGGAGGAGAAUGAGGGACUGAACCAGUACGAUGGGAGGGAGGUGCCGUGGUGA